AACGAGUGCUUUAAAAAGAUGCACAAUGUUCCGUCCAUCAGUAACAUCUGGUCAUCAGACCGGUGCUACUGUGACAGUCUCCGCUUUGCCGACGCACACUUUCUCCAUCUCCGGGGAGGACAGAAAUCAAAGUUCUUAAUUCUUUAUUGUAGCUUCAGCCAAAAUCACGAACAUGCCCAGCAAAAGGAAGAAGAACAAGCGCCGCAUGAGGAGGGUGCAGGCCCAGAGGAAAGUCCUUGAGGAGCAGCAUGUUGCUGGCACUGGCAAAGGGACCCCAGGAGUGGCUGCUGUGGCGGCCCCCCCUGUUAAAGUCAAAGAAGUGGCAAAGUGUCCAAAGCUUGUCCCCAUACAGACUCGAGUAGUAAACGUCCCCGUUGUAGCGCUGCUGGCUCCAGUCGAGGUACCGGAGCCGAAACCUAUGGUGGCGGCAUUAGAGGCUGAAGUGGUGGCAGCAGAGGUUGAAGUUGAGGCGCCAGUCGAAGCUCCAGUAGAGGCUGAUGAAGCCACAUUGGAGGUCGAAGCCCCAAUUGAAACCCCAGAUGUGGUCGACGGCCCAGUUGAAGCCCCAGAAGAAGUCCCAGUUGUAGAAGUCCCAGCAGAAACUGCAGUGGGGCCACCUACAGAAAAAACUGCAGUGGGGCCACCUACAGAAGAAACUGCAGUGGGGCCACCUACAGACGAAACUGCAGUGAGGCCACCUACAGAAGAAACUGCAGUGGGGCCACCUACAGAAGAAACUGCAGUGGGGCCACCUACAGAAGAAACUGCAGCAGUGCAGGAGGUUGAAGAAAGCUUCAUUCCAAAGACGGAGCUAGUAAUGGAGGCCGCAUCCAUCCCUGAGGCUCCCGUGUCAGCUCCUGACCAAUUUGAGACACAUGACGAGCCGUUGUUGAAGGCCGAAGUGGAGGCUGAAAUAGUUGCCAAGGUCCAAGCGGAGGUCGAGGCAGUAGUCGAGCCAGAAUCCGGGCCCGUGGUCGAGGCCGUAGCUGCCCCAGUAGUGGAAACUGAAGAGGUGGUGAUCGACACAGAGGACAGUCCUGAGGUUGAAGCUGAGGUCAUUCCUAUGGUCAACGCAGAUGCCAUUCCUGAAGAAGUUGAAGUAGAGGAGGCCCCAGUCGUCACAGAGGAUGAGCCUGUCACGACAGAGGCACCUGAAGAGGUUCCAGUUGAAACAGAAAUUAUCCCAGAAACGCUGUCAGAGCCCGUGGUAGCCCCAGUUCAUGAAGCCCCCGUAGCCAACGUCGCUCCCUCAGAGCCCCUUGUAGAGGCUAAAGAGGGAAUUGAAGCCCAGAUGGAAAUCAAAUCCAAAAAGGACGCCACGGAUGAGAAUACUGCCCUGGAUGUCCUCUCUGGACAUUUCUCAGCCCCCCAGCCUGUCAUCUCAGAACUGCAGUGUCACACGCAGCUCGCCUCUGCGCCCGUAGAGCUCGCCUCCGUGGAUAUCCCAGCAGAGGCAGCAUUGAAUGGACAUACUGCAACUGAGGUGGCCAUUGAGGGAUAGAUCUCUGCAGAUUUCCUCAGUCAGUAUGGAGGACUGAAGAGAGCCUCACGGGAGCCGACCAGCAAAUUUGACUUUUCAAUAUUUAGGGCUUCAAGGGACCGCCGGGAAUUUAUUAACAUCCAACACUCAGUGCCUUUCCUGCUUAGGUUCUCACCAAAAGAAAAUCAAACAAACACAUUUUAAUGCGGCAUCAAGGCGGGGGAAUAAGAGUCUUUGGAUCAGAAUGUGAAUAUUUGGAAUGAACAAAUUAUGGCUUCUUUCAUAGAUUUUCUGUAUCGUAAUGCAUGUAUUGUGGAUUUGCAUCGAUUGUAAAUGGCAUACAUUGUGUAUGGAUACUGUAAAGUUAAUGAAUGUGGAAAUUACUUGUCUUCGCAUUUGGACCAUGUUUGUAUGGAUGGGAGGGGUAUUUCCUUGUACGUGUUUUCUACAUGCUGACUACACCGGGCACGAGCGUGUGUCUGCGUGCUCCAUCACAUGCAUGCUGAUUUUGUCCAUCCACACCAGACGCGAUCAGGACAUGCGCGUUGAAAUAUCAAAACAAACUCUGAACCAACUAUAUUAAUUUGGGGACAGGUUGAAACACAUGAAACAUUCAUGGACAUUUAGCUAGCUAGCUCGCUGUUGCAAACUAAUUUGUUCUGGGAUAUAAAUAUUGGGUUGUUACUUUACCUGAAAUGCACAAGGUCCUUUUUUCCCCUGGAUCUUUGUAGAAUUUUGACCCAUUUUGAGUAACACAAAAUCGUGUGUCCUCUACUCCGACAAUUAAUCCACAGGUAAAAGUGGAAACCUAGUUAGUUUCUAGUAAUCUCUCAUUCUUCAGUCUUCUUCUGUGGACUUUAUAUGGCGGUUGGUAACCAACUUUAAGGUGCAUUACCACUAUCAACUGGACUAGAGUGUCGAUCUCAGUUCUGCUUUCAAUCACCCGCUUGGGUCUAUACUCCUAAAAACCAAUGAGGAGUUGGGAGAUGCAGGACUUACAGCGUGUCACGUGCCAAAAAUAAAACCAAGUUAUAUUUUAGCGCCUUGCUACGCAGACGCUUGCGAGCAGUUUGGAUGAUUGAAUAGCAUACCCAUCCUCUUCACUGUGCACUGACAAUGUGUCUACAGUCCUGUUGGAGAAAGUCUGCCCUGGGCAAUGAGAAAGGGUGUGAAGUUUUUCAGGCCCUCUGGCCAGAUUAUCUUAAAGACGUCCUCUGGCGAUUUUCUAACUUUUACUGUUGAAAAGCGAUAUCCCAAGUAUACUUACAGUAAAGUACACACAAUAAAGGGUAAAAAUAAUAGAGGAACAAAAGAGGAAAGCCCACCCCCCCUACUUAUGCUACGUUAUGACUUACCUGGACCACCUAUUGAGAUGUGCCUUUUAAGCCUUUUAAAUAAAUCAGGUGUUAAAUGAGGUGAAAAGGAGACUGGAGUUCAGCUUUAACGUUCAAUUAACUACACUCAAAUCUGGCCAUUGAAAAUGGGGGCUUGUAGAUCAUGUUUGUUUUUUAAAAUGAUAUUUUCUCAUUUUGUUUUGUAUAGACCAUUAGAUGUGGUACAACCGCAGUUUGCGUACACGGUUCUGUGCUCUGGAAGAUACCAUGAGGAGUUAUGUAAUGAAUAUGCUGGGUUGGAUUUCAUUCACCUUUUUGAAUAAAGAUGUUACUCACCGUGA